CUUUUCUCCGAGAUCAGCAGAAGCUGGAACUCGACAUGUCUUCUUCUACAGAGAUGACGGCCACUGCGAAGAUCACUCCGGAGGUUCUCCACGAACUCCUGCAGUUCUACAACCUCUCGCGACAGGAAUUCAUUCACACCUACAACAUCCAGCCUCUGGUCUACAUCCCAGAACUCCCUGCCGGAGCCAAAACCACGUUUGUCGUGAUGUACGUGCUUAUCUUCGCUCUGGCUCUGGUCGGGAACAGUCUGGUGGUGUGUAUCGUGCUGCGUAAGCGCGCGAUGCGCACCGCCACCAACAUCUUCAUCUGCUCCCUGGCGGUCAGCGACCUGCUCAUCACCUUCUUCUGCAUCCCGUUCACACUGCUGCAGAACAUCUCGUCAGAGUGGCUGGGAGGGGUUCUAGUGUGUAAGACCGUUCCUUUUGUGCAGACCACAGCCAUCGUCACUGGCAUCCUCACUAUGACCUGCAUCGCUGUGGAGAGAUACCAGGGCAUCGUCUAUCCUCUCAAGAUGAAGAGGCAGUACACUCCCAAACGAGCCUACAGGAUGCUAGGGCUGGUGUGGAUCGCUGCUGUCUUGGUCGGAUCACCGAUGCUGUUCGUGCAACAGCUCGAGGUGAAGUAUGACUUCCUGUACGAUCAUCAUCACGUGUGCUGUCAGGAGCGCUGGCAUUCGCUGCUGCACCGUCAGGUUUACACCACCUUCAUCAUGGUGGCGCUGUUCCUGCUGCCGCUGGCCGCCAUGCUCUUCCUCUACAGCCGCAUCGGGAUCGAGCUCUGGAUCCGGAAACGUGUGGGAGACUCUUCCGUCCUCAGCACCAUGAACCACAGGGAGAUCAACAAAAUCUCCAGGCAAAAGAAACGUGCUGUAAAAAUGAUGAUCACUAUCGUCCUGCUGUUCACCGUCUGCUGGGCUCCGUUUCACAUCGUGCACAUGCUGUUUGAGUACAACGAGCUGGAGAAGAACUACGACGAGGUCACGGUGAACAUGAUCAUCGCUGUGGUGCAGGCCAUUGGCUUCUCCAACUCCUUCAACAACCCUAUCGUCUACGCCUUCAUGAACGAGAACUUCAAGAAGAACUGCGUGGCCACGCUUUCGGUGUACCUGCGGCGUCCCGUGCAGCGGCCCGAACACAGCGUGCACUUCUCCAAACCCCUCAAAACAGAGGUCUUCAGCAGGAACCAGGCCGGCCCACAGCAGAACCCAGCGCUGAUGUCUUCACAGGGAGACCUGGAGAUAUUCACGGCGUUCACCGAGCAGAACGUCAAAACCACUUCCUCUCAGCUUCCCUCCAGCAGCUCCUGCCUCAAAUAAACUCAGCACAGGAAGAGGAGGGCUUGAUUGUGAUCUGAUGACAGCUAAAGCAGCCUCAGGAUCUUCAGCACUGCUGUCGGAUGAGUUCAGGAGAACAGAUGCAUGAUGGGAGAUGUGCUGGAGGAUCAUGUGCAGCACAGUGGACACACAACAGACUGACCUCAUUGUUUACUCAAUCGUGUCAUUUCAAACACAGAUGCUGUGGUUUUUAUGUGGAAC